CAGCGUGCAUUGCGGCGGCCGGGUAAUGCACUGUUGUGGCAGGCGGAUCCGGCUGUGCCGCUGCUUGCACACUCAUUGCACUGCCGCUUUGCAUUGGGCAGGAGGGGGGUGAUCAGGAUAGAGGGGGUCGUGAUAUCCCGGGGAUGAAGCUCUCUGCUGAUCGGCACAGGGGAUAGGAGGAGGGGGCAGGAUUUUUGUAAAUCUAAGUCAUUUCCUGUCCAGGUUCAUUUCCUGGUUAGGACCCAGUUAUCAGCUGCUGUGCUGUCCCCGAUAUCCCAUCAUAUUCUCCAUGGAGCAUCCCCCCCUCCUGCGGGCUGCCGUGUGAUCGGGGGGCCCCUGGUGAUGAGGGUCUAUGGGGAGCACUCUGACUAUUCAUGGGUGACCCCUCCAGUGCAUGUCACAGACAGGAUGCAAUAGUCUCCAGGGCUGUCACCCGAAUUUAUAUCUCUACACCCGGAUCUGGGCUCCACCGAUCGCUUGUGCUACAGCAGACCUCUCCUGUCUAUUUAUUCUGGCAUCUCCAGUAAGAAGGGUGGGGAGGCACUGAAUGAAUCAUUUGGCCUGAUCCAGCACACAAGGAUAUAUACAACUGCUGAAAUAUUUUAUUUUUAAUUUUUUGGGGUGGGGGGGUAAUAAACAUGAAGAAGUUCUUUGACUCCCGGCGUGAAUUGGGUGGAUCUGGACCUGGCAUUGGCAGUGGGUGCUCCAGCGGCCUGGGCACUGGAUACAUUGGAAGAGUUUUCAACAUUGGGAGGCACCAAGUGACCGUGGAUGAGGUUUUGGCGGAAGGUGGAUUUGCCCUGGUCUUCCUCGUCCAUACCAGUAAUGGGAUGAGACGGGCUCUCAAGCGCAUGUAUGUGAAUAAUGAACAUGACCUUCAGGUUUGCAAGAGAGAGAUUCAGAUCAUGAGGGAUCUAUCGGGACACAAGAACAUUGUCGGGUACAUUGACUCCAGCAUUAAUUCUGUGAGCAGUGGAGAUGUGUGGGAAGUACUUAUCCUUAUGGAUUUCUGUCGAGGGGGGCAAGUGGUAAAUCUAAUGAAUCAGCGUUUACAGACUGGAUUCACAGAGGCCGAGGUGUUACAAAUCUUCUGCGACACAUGUGAAGCGGUGGCUCGUCUUCAUCAGUGCAAAAUUCCCAUCAUCCACCGGGACCUCAAGGUGGAGAAUAUCCUAUUACAUGAUCGUGGUCACUAUGUACUGUGUGACUUUGGGAGCGCAACAAAUAAAUGUCAGAAUCCUCAGACUGAAGGUGUGACUGCGGUGGAGGAUGAAAUUAAGAAGUACACCACACUUUCUUAUCGGGCACCCGAGAUGGUAAACCUCUACAGUGGCAAAGUGAUCUCCGCCAAGGCUGACAUCUGGGCCCUGGGUUGUCUGCUGUACAAGAUAUGCUUCUUCACGCUGCCCUUCGGGGAGAGUCAGGUCUCCAUCUGUGAUGGGAAUUUUACCAUUCCUGACAACUCCCGAUACUCCCAUGACAUGCACUGCCUCAUCCGGUACAUGCUUGAGCCGGAUCCCGACAAGAGACCCGACAUCUAUCAAGUGUCCUAUUUUGCCUUUAAGCUAGCAAAGAGAGAAUGUCCUGUAGCUAAUGCACAUGACUCCACCAUCCCUGCAAAGUUGCCUGAACCAGUGAAAGCAGCAGAAGCUGCAGCUAAGAAAUCCCAGCCGAAAACCAGGCUGACAGACCCUGUCCCAACAACUGAGACUUCCAUCGCUCCUCGUCAGAGGCCAAAAGCCGGUCAGACCCAAGGAAACUCUGGAAUGCUUCCUAUUCAACCGGCUCUAACUCCACGGAAGAGGCCCACAGUGCAGCCAGCUACUGCCUCACCAGCGGCUACUAUGCAGCCCUCAGCCCCUGCUCCUGUGCAGCCAGCUGCAAAGCCUAUUACUCAGCCUCAACAAACACCUAAACCGGCUCAACCCUCACCGCAACCGGCCAUCCCGGUUACCACCGCUCCACAGACUACAGCUCCUGUGCAGCCUCCUGUGACUCCUACUGCACAGCCAGCAUCUCAGCAACAACAACUUUAUCUCAAACAGCAGCAACUUCUGCAGCAGCAACAGGCAGCAGCGCUGUAUCAGCAACAAAUGAUCCAGGCUCAGCAGAUACAAGCCAUGCAGCAGCAGCAGAUGCUACAAGCCUACUACAUGCAACAACAGCAGCAGCUCCUGGCCCAACAGGCUGCAAUGCAGCAGAAAGUGGUGGCCCCGAUGCAGGCUCCCACUCAACCACAAGCCUUGCCGGCAAAUGUACAAAUACCUGCCGCUCAGGAACAGGCGCAGAUCCAAGCUCCGGCCAGAGCCUCUCAAAAACCACAACCUGCAACAAUGCCAGCUGUAGGACCUAAAUUGGGCUCCCUCACCCCUCCCUCCUCUCCCAAGACCCAGCGUGGGGGACACAGGAGGAUCCUAAGCGAUGUCACCCACAGCGCAGUCUUUGGCGUUCCUACUAGUAAAUCUACACAGCUACUCCAGGCAGCAGCGGCUGAGGCAAACCUCAAUAAAUCAAAGUCAGCUACUACAACCCCCUCCGGCUCUCCGAGGACCUCACAGCAGAAUGUCCACAACCCCCCAGAGCCGUCUGGUUGGAACCCAUUUGAUGAUGACAACUUCUCUAAACUCACUGCUGAGGAACUUCUCAAUAAGGAUUUUGCCAAGCUGGGAGAAAGUAAACCUCCAGAGCAGCUGAGCGGCUCCGCAGAAAAUCUUCUCUCAGGCUUUCCAGUGCCCCCUGCUGUCUCACAGGCUGAUGCAUUUGGACCUUCUCUGUUUUCUACUGGAGCAGCUGUGGAUAAACCUGUUGAUGUCCAGGGUCAGGAUCCCAGCCCUCCUCUCCAUAAAACUCCUGACCCCUUCUUACCUCUUCCUCUCUCUGACACACCAGAGAAAUUGAUUGAGGGUCUCAAAUCUCCGGAGCCCCAGCUUCUGCUUCCUCACCUUGUUCAGCUGGCAGAUCCUUUUGGGAGCACCUCUGAGACUUUGAAUGGGAAGGCAGAGCCUUUGGUGGAAAGCCUCAUUCCUGGGCUGGAGCCUCCCAUGCCUCAGCGUCUCUCUUCCCAGGCAGACUCCAUUGCUUCAAAUCGCACAGACUCCCUUACAGGGGAUGACUCUUUGCUUGACUACUCUAUUCUAUCUAACCCUGCGGCUGACCUCCUUGAGGAGUUUGCUCCAGUAACUCUCUCUGCUCCAACAUCUGCAGAUGAUACUAACCUCCUAACGGGCUUUGAUAUUCCGGAUGAUACAGAAAAAAGGGCUGAUGAUGAAUUUGAUCCUAUUCCGGUAUUGGUUUCCAAAAAUUCCCAAGGUCCUCACGCUAAUAACAGCAGUGGGAACACUGAGUCCAGCCUACCAAACAUGACCAGGUCACUUCUACUGGUGGAUCAGCUCAUAGACUUGUAAAGCGCACACAUGCUAGCAAACUCCUUAACCUCUCUAUCCUCCCCGCAGAGGAGUUAACCCUGCAUAUAUAUAUAGAUAGAUAGAUAGAUAUAUGUACAUCUCUUUAUUUUUUAUUUCAACCUUCUGUGCACAUCAGUAUAGUGUGGAUCGGCUAUGGAGCCUCUGACUGACUCUGAAUACAUAUCUUUACCGCCUUUUUUUUGUCAUGUACAAAAUGCUUAAGUCUUAAGUGUUAGAAAGACCUGUGUGGUGGAAGGACUGUGCAAGAUGGACGACUGUGUGUCGGGUGGGAGAGAGAGAAAAAUCUGGUGUGCUUAAGCCGUGGAAAUACUUCAAUUUCCGUGCCCAAAUAUCAAUACUUCUCCAUAAGCUGAUGCGUUGUUUUAAAUUCCAAAUCGACUUGCCAUGUCAUCUGGAUGUCCUGAAAGAAGUUUCCAUCGGGCCUUUCUUUCUAUUUUGUCAUCCUGAGAUAUUUGUAUAUGGAACGGAACAGAACUUCUUCAGGAUUGAUUGUAUGACCACAGCACAUCUUGUUUUUUGACCUUGAAGGUUGCAAUGAUAUUGAUCUUGCCUAAACAUAUUCAGUGUUAGUACUUGUAUCUUGUAUCUCAGGAAGCAGAAUAUUAGGGUUUCUGCUCAGAGGGGUUCACCACCUAAAUUUAUUUUCAGAAAAAUCUGAUUAAUAAUGCAUGCUGGGAUAACAAAUGGCACUAGUAAUGCUAGGCAGACUGGUUGCUAUGGAUCCACCUCCCAAUAGCUAAAGCUUUUGCAGUUUGGUUGCUUGGAAGGAUCUUCAUGGCAACCAAUCAGAACUGACACAGAGUUAAGGACACAGAAGGCUUGGCUCUAACCUUACAUAUUCCUGUUUCUUAAUGUAAUAGUAAUCAGAUUUUUGUAAAAAUGUUGUUGCAGAGGAGAACUUCUUUAAAGUUUUUUGUUAUAUAGGUGACUACACAGCCUUGCAACAUCAUUGUUUGGAACUUAAUGAAAGGUGUCGUGUACCACACCCAAAAUUUUAAACUGAAAAUUCAAGGGGCCUGCAAUGUUAAUGGAUCCGUGUUAUGUUAAGUUUGUGCUUUCUCUGACUACCUCUGUUUUCCUCUGACACAAGAAACGUUUGUCCAAAUUAAUUCAUUGCUUGGUGCUAGAAAACCAUGAAGCUUUAUAGACUGAUAACCUUAGGUCUUUGUGAUAAUUUGCUAUUAUGACUUGUCAAUGUGACCUAACACAAUGGUGGAGAACUGUCAGCUAGCCUCAAGACCGAGGGAUCCCACUCCCCAUGUAUUAUUGAGACCCAUCGCAGGAAGCUUCUCACAGUCUAUGACUGAUUUGGCCACUUCACUGAAAUUGUGGACUGAUACUCUUCCAUUCUUGACCCAAGUUCUUGACCCCCACCAUUGUAAACUUUACUACAUAUCUGACUUGUCUUGAAAAGCAAAUAUUAGAAAACACUGGUCAUCCAGUCUGAUAGAAUAGAUUCUGUCCUGUAAAAGACCAAGAACAUAAGAGGUCCUAAACAGUAUGUAAUAUAUCAUAUUUAAGCAGGGUAUAUAAAUAUUUAGGCAUUUAUGGUAAGUGGAGAGCCGUGUGCAUGGUCUAAUGAGUGAGUUGUAUGAUGGAUGCAAUGACAAGGUUCUAUUAUCUGAUAUUUCAUGGUUAACCAAAGCUUGCUAUGCAAACAGGACCUCUUGUGUAAGCUUAUGGUUUACAAUGCACUGGAUUUGCUUAACAAUUAAUUAUGUUGUUAUAUUUGGAAUGUCAGAGGAGCAGAAGACAUCAGAAAUACCGUAACAUCAUCUUAUAUAAAUAUCACAUUCUUAAAAGGUAGCAUGAGGUUAUUAAACAUAUGAACUUUUUACAUAUGCAAAAGACAGGUCUGCCAUUUGCUUGUAUGAUGUAUAAUUUUUGCUUGGACACACUCUUUUUCUAUUAGGGCAUCUGUAUUAAAUAUUAUCAAAGCUGUGUACUGUUUUACCCGCAUAAUAAUACCAUGGAGUCGGGGGCAGGAAGAAAGUUCACCUUCUUCUUAAAGUAUCUAGAGUAGUUUGUGGACCACUGAUCUAGAGGCUCGGAGGAAGCACAUAGAAAUCAAACUGUGUUUGGGAGAGGUUGUUUUAGGAAGUUACGAGGGUACUGAUAGUCAUAGAAGAGAUCAAUGGUAUCGAGACUUAUUUUUAGGCAAUGCUCCAUGGGUAAAAUAGGCCAAUUUACUUUGUUCCAUAACAAAGAAAAUGUUAUACCUACUGAAGAAGAGUGAAUUUGCAUACUGUUUUCGAGUAAAGAUAAGCUCGGCUAAUUAUUCUAUUUGAUUUCUGUAUUUUUCCAACCUUCUCUGGAUAUUUGUUUUAAGCGGUAUUGGAGAGAUAAACCAAUCCCAUCAGAUUGUAAGCAUAGGAGAGACAUACAUGUGAAAUAGUCACAAGGCAGUAUGACAGCCUGGGAGAUUAAGAUGCAGGAAAGAAGCUAAGGCUUGUAGAGCUGUUGUCUGAAGUGCCUGAAAAUUGGGGACAGAAAUCUAGCAUGCCGCUAAAGAAACUGCCCGUUGGGUUGUUGGAAAAUAACUUUCAAUGUUUGCACUUCUCCUCUGUGAGCCUUUUUAGCUAUGUCUGGGUUCCAUGAAAAAAUCAUCCAAUUCGGUCAAGAUAAAUGAAGUCGUAUGAAGGACGUUUUUGUUUAUCCUUGUUUCUCCAGAAAAAGGUGUAGAACACCUAUAAGAUUUUAGUCAAUUUGCCCUACAAGAAAAAAAAAAUUUUCAGACCGUACUUGACUUAGAACACCUCCCUGUCGCCAUGAAAAUGUAGAAAGAAACUGCAACUCUCACUUUGCUGUAUGUAGGAGGGUGAAAGCCCCUAUAAGGUUUUGGCCAAUUUGCCUUACGAGGGAAAAAGAUUUCCUCCGGAUCACACCUGAUGAUCAGACUAGGACAAUUUAGGACACCUCCCUUUUUGAACCUUGAUCUCUAAGAAACCGCUAGAUUUUUUACCCUCGUAAGGCAAAUUGGCCAAUACCUUCUUCUGUAUUGGCAAGGGUAAACUAAAGCAAAGCAAGACCUGCACUUUCUUACUAACUUUUCUUAGAUCUGCCUUUUUUUGAGCUCUUGAUUGGCCGUUCAGGACUCCAUUUGGUGUUUUAACAAUUUAAAUAUUGAUGUUCAGAUCCCAUAAGCGGAAUGAAGCUUUUCUUGGUGAUUUGGUUAUUUUUAAUGUUCAUGAAAGGCAAAAAUAAAGAAGGGAAAUGGACCAAAAUAAAAUAUCAAUUUCUCAAGGUUUACUGUUGAUGCCAAAAAAUGUGCAUAAUGUCACUAGCGAAUGGGUAUGACCAGUCAUUCUUGAAAUUGUUGUCACCGAAUUGGAUAUAUUAAUCUUUUAACAUUGCAGAAUGUCCCAGAACAAGAUAUCAGUCUGUGGAUCCACCAUCUCUUACAUUGUACUGGUGACCUGGACCUCUUUACUCUGCAUCAUGGGGGAAACCUGUGUGGGCCGAUAUCCUUAUAUUAUUUUAUUUAAAAAAAAAAAAAAAGUAUUUAAAGCUGUAUGUGUGUGCGUGUGUCCUGCAAGAUCAGUGUAACCUUUUGUUUGUGCAGAUGUCUGUGAGAGUUCCUAUAUAUCUGUAUACUGUACACAAGAUGUACAAGUUGUUGGGUGAUCUAGCUCUGUAUGUCUCCGGGAAGCUCUCCAUGCAAUGUACUGGGUUUUGCUGUCUGUACAUAGAAUUAUAAGCAUUUGAAGUCUGUGGGAAUCUCCUCUGUAUAACAAAUUUCUACCUGUGUCCAAUACACUGAUCUUACUUUAUUCUUCUGUAUUGUAUGGAAGGAAAAAAAAAAAAGAAGAAAAAAAAAAUUCUCAACCCGAGAGCAUUUAUCAUUAUUGUAGGCAAAACAAAUUCCUUUAGUGAAGUGGUUGGUAGAAUUUUGACUUGUGUAUAUAUAAAUAUAUAAAUAUAUUUUAGUUCAUGCUCCUCUUCCUUCAGUUCAGAUCCCUCCAGGUCUCUCCUAAGUUUAAAAAAUAAAAAAUUAAUAAAAUAAAAAAUGUAAGUAGAGGUGGAAAUGAAAGCAAAAAUAUGGCAUUUACAACCUGCAAAUGUCCUGAUUGUAUAGUAGAUUCCAAUCUAUUUCUGUGAAUUAAAGUAUUUUAAAGAAUG